AUGACACUAUUGAAGACCUUAGAAACAAUUACACAUAACCGUCAUCUGCAAAAUGCCAAUAAAAUGAAGGCCUUUCUUGCUGUUGGAGUAUUGCUUUCAUUGCUUGUUGCACCAUGUUUGGCGCUGACACUGGGAACAAAGAAAUCGAUCUGUAAUGAGGAAGGUACUGGAAUUAUAUCCUCAAGUCGACGGAAAUGGAUUCUACAGUCAAUCUUUAUAGCUAGUACGUAUACGUCACUGCUGCUAAAUCCAAAAGUUGUCCUUGCUGAGGACAGCCCAAAACAGGGACUGCUAUCAACGACUGAUGUUGCUGAACUGUUGCAUCCUGUACCGACCUUUACAAUUGUCGACAAGAGAGGUAUCCCCUUUAUGGUGGUUGGUGAGGAUGCAAAGGUGACGGGUUACUUCUUCACCACCUAUGGAGAGGCGGCUCGUAUCUUGGAGGUUGCCAAGGACAGUGCCAACAAAGCAAUCGCUGAGGCAAAAGCAGAAGGAAAACCAAAGGAAGAAAUUGGAACGAACCCAUGGACAAAGGCUCGGGUAUCCAGCGUUCCACUGGAUUCAGCAAUUACUCUUGUCAGCAAGUCAACUCCUGGAAACAUUUUUCGAAUUGCACCUGCAGCCGAUGAUAUUGAGGAUGCCCUUGCAAUCACAGGUCAAGAAGAUCUCGCUGAAGGAAAGGUACCCAUGUUCUACUACAAGGAUUUCACCUUUGAGGAAGGGGACGGGAAAAAGAUAUCACCAUUAUAUUUUCGAAAAUCAGAGCUAGAGAAUGAUUUCAAGAAACGAAAUCCAGGGGUGAAACUUCCAACGACCGAAAUCACGGAACUUUUGUCAGUCUUGGCAGAGCUGGUGAGACCAGGAGGCACCGACAAUGAACUCAAAACAUUAAAGAUCAUGACGCCAGUCGAAAGCCUCGAGAAGAAGAAACUAUGUGACAAGAUCGGAGGCAAAGAAGCACCCUUUUUUGUAGGUCAAAGACUAUUAGUGCUGUAG